AUGGAUGACCCGGCGGCGCCGGGGCCCGCCGUCUCGCCCGCUACUGACAACGGCAACGGCGGCAAAGGGAAGCCGGUUGCACCCAAGGGCCGCGAAGCGUUCCGCAGCCAGCGGCGGGAGUCGGAGGGCUCUGUGGACUGCCCUACUUUGGAGUUUGAAUAUGGAGAUGCAGACGGGCAUGCAGCAGAGCUGUCAGAAUUGUACAGCUACACAGAGAACCUGGAAUUCACCACUAACAGGAAGUGCUUUGAAGACGAUUUCAGGACUCAAGUACAAGACACUAAGGAAUGGCUGGAGUUGGAAGAAGAUGCCCAAAAGACCUAUGUGAUGGGGCUUCUGGACCGACUGGAGGUGGUCAGUAAGGAACAACGGCUUAAGGUGGCCCGGGCUAUUCUCUAUCUAGCCCAAGGCACUUUUGGGGAAUGUGAUUCAGAGGUCGAUGUGCUACAUUGGUCCAGAUACAAUUGCUUCCUGCUCUAUCAGAUGGGGACCUUCUCGGCCUUCCUGGAGCUACUCCACAUGGAAAUCGACAACAACCAGGCCUCUAGCGGUACCCUUCGGAAACCAGCUGUCUCCAUUGCUGACAGCACCGAGCUCAGGGUACUGCUGAGUGUCAUGUACCUAAUGGUGGAAAAUAUCCGACUGGAACGAGAAAUAGACCCCUGUGGGUGGAGGACAGCCCGAGAGACCUUCCGAACUGAACUGAGCUUCUCCACUCACAACGAAGAGCCUUUUGCCCUCCUGCUGUUUUCCAUGGUCACCAAGUUCUGCAGUGGCCUGGCCCCUCACUUUCCAAUAAAGAAGGUUCUGCUUCUGCUCUGGAAGGUGGUCAUGUUUACCCUCGGUGGAUUUGAGCAUCUGCAGGCUCUCAAAAUACAGAAGCGUGCAGAGUUGGGCCUGCCUCCACUAGCUGAGGACAGUAUCCAGGUCGUAAAGAGUAUGCGUGCCGCCUCCCCGCCUUCUUACACUCUUGAUCUGGGGGAAUCUCAGCUGGCCCCUCCACCCUCCAAGCUGCGGGGCCGCCGUGGUUCUCGAAGGCAACUCCUCACCAAGCAAGACAGCCUGGACAUCUACAAUGAACGGGAUCUCUUCAAGACUGAGGAACCAGCCACCGAGGAGGAAGACGAGCCUGCAGGUGAUGGAGAACGAGCCUUGGAUGGAGAGUUAGACCUGCUAGAACAGGAUCCUCUGGUGCCACCUCCACCCUCACAGACACCGCUCUCUGCUGACCGGGUGGCCUUUCCCAAAGGCCUUCCCUGGGCCCCAAAAGUCAGACAGAAAGACAUUGAACACUUCUUGGAGAUGAGCAGAAACAAGUUCAUUGGAUUCACUCUGGGGCAAGACACAGAUACCUUGGUUGGAUUACCUCGACCCAUCCACGAGAGCGUGAAGACUCUAAAGCAGCACAAGUAUAUCUCCAUUGCAGACAUACAGAUGAAGAAUGAGGAGGAGCUGGAGAAAUGCCCCAUGUCUUUGGGAGAAGAGGUGGUACCAGAAACGCCAAGUGAAAUCCUCUACCAGGGCAUGCUGUACAGCCUCCCCCAGUACAUGAUUGCUCUGCUUAAGAUUCUGCUGGCUGCAGCCCCCACCUCCAAGGCUAAGACAGACUCUAUCAAUAUCCUGGCAGAUGUCCUGCCUGAGGAGAUGCCCAUAACUGUUCUGCAGAGCAUGAAGUUAGGCAUUGACGUGAACAGACACAAGGAGAUCAUUGUAAAGAGUAUCUCCGCCCUGCUCCUUCUGCUUCUCAAACACUUCAAACUCAACCAUAUCUACCAGUUUGAAUAUGUGUCACAGCAUUUAGUGUUUGCCAACUGCAUCCCCUUGAUCCUGAAAUUCUUCAAUCAAAAUGUCCUGUCCUAUAUCACUGCCAAAAACAGCAUUUCAGUGCUGGAUUACCCGUGCUGCACCAUCCAAGAUUUGCCAGAGCUUACUACCGAGAGUCUGGAAGCUGGAGACAACAGCCAGUUCUGCUGGAGGAACCUCUUUUCCUGCAUUAACCUCCUGAGGCUACUCAAUAAACUGACCAAGUGGAAGCACUCGAGGACCAUGAUGCUGGUGGUGUUUAAAUCAGCUCCGAUCUUAAAGAGAGCCCUCAAAGUUAAGCAGGCCAUGCUACAGCUUUAUGUCUUGAAGCUACUAAAGAUACAGACUAAGUACCUUGGGCGCCAGUGGAGGAAAAGCAAUAUGAAGACCAUGUCAGCCAUUUACCAGAAAGUACGCCACCGCAUGAACGAUGACUGGGCUUUUGGAAAUGACAUCGAUGCCAGGCCAUGGGACUUCCAAGCAGAAGAAUGUACUCUGAGGGCCAACAUUGAGGCCUUUAACAGCCGCCGGUAUGAUACACCGCAGGACUCAGAGUUUUCACCUGUGGAUAACUGCCUGCAGAGCGUGCUGGGGCAGAGGCUGGAUCUGCCCGAAGAUUUCUAUUACUCCUAUGAGCUCUGGCUGGAGAGAGAGGUGUUUUCACAGCCCAUCUGUUGGGAGGAGCUGCUCCAGAGUCACUGAGCUCCAAAUGCUGCGCUUUGCGGAUCCUGCCCAUUCAGGCUUCAUACUGAGCUCUAGGAGCGUGUGACAGGGAGAGUUUCAGCUCAGCAUGCAGCAGGGAUGUCCAGCGUAAUUCAGGGCUAUCCUGGCUGCCAUUAGGCCUGGAGGUGGUUACAAGACUGGGAUCCGGAGUCAAAGCAAAUGCAUCAUCUGCUCGCCCCAGGCUCAGCUAGGUACCUAGUUGGCCCUGAAACCACCCAAUGGAUCAGUCCUGGACAGGCUCUUUGAUGAGACCUGCUUUAGUCUUGCCUAAAGCCAGACUAGCCUUUGCUAGCCACAAUAGUGAAAUAGUGAAAGGGCUUUUGACCCAUGACAUUCACCUCAAUCAGUGGGAUAGGUAUAGGCCAUAAAAUGAGAUUUUCUUCCUGCUCACUGUAAAUGCCUGGGACUUAUAACUUAGCAAAACCAACUUUAGACUGUAUUUCACAUUUAAAAUAUUGACACCUCUUUAUGAAAUGAUCACUGGCUCUAAGAUGAUUUGAGAGCACUGCAUCUUUAUAAAGGAUAAUUGUCUCUAAAACAUUGCAUGUUACAGAACAGUGUAUUGUGUAGGGUUUUUUCCUGAAGAUAUAUGUUCAAUGUAAAAAAAUAU